UUUUCCGAUGCAGAUGGAUGCUGGGAGACUGGGGUGAAUGCAGCAAACCCUGCGACUCUGGAGUCCAAGAACGGACCUGGGAGUGCAAACAACGUAUGACGUCAAUGGUGAUCGUUAAUAGACCGGAUCACGCAUGUAAUACUCGGAAACCAGAAAGCACACUGAGAGCGUGUCUAUUGCGGCAUUGCGACGCAUGGGUUGUCGGACCGUGGUCUGAAUGUAGUGCGAGUUGUGGAGACGGAUUCAAGACAAGAGAAGUUACUUGUGGUUUUGGUGGUAACACAAAUGAUUCUACGGGUUCCUGGACGGCUGUUUGCAAUAUGGAGACUAGACCCGAAGACACAACAAAUUGUUCGGAAAAUGCUUGUUCUUCUGACCGAUUCGUCACUUUGGCACACCAGGAAUUCGUUGACAACAUCAAGGGCUGGUUUGUCUCGGACUGGGAUGAUUCAGCUUGUACGCAGCCAACUUCAUGUCAAAAUGAUCAAAAAGGGGCAUUCAGGAAGCGUCAAGUGAAAUGUUUCGGUGGGGAUUGUGAUCCCGAGUGGAAACCCAAAGAGGAAACCCAUUGUGCCAACACUGUGUCCAAUAUUUCCUGCUCUGAGACCCAAUCCAGUGAAAAGGAAUUCCUGUGGGUCACUGGAACAUGGACAGAGUGCUCAUGUGAAAGCAGGAAACGAGAGAGAACGGCCGUUUGUUUCGACGACGAGCACGGGAUCGUGCUUGAUUCCCAAUGCCCCCAGGAAAAGAAACCCAGGAACAGUACGGAUUGUAGCCCAGAAGAAAUGUCCCACUUUGGUUGCCUCAUGAACUCUCACGUGGUUGCUGAUGAGCCCUUUGUCGCUGAAAACAGCUCUCCUCGAAGCACGCAAAAUUUCGCUGCUCGGGCAGAAGAAGAAGCCAUUUUCCACCCAGUCGUUGAGAGACUGAUAGCGAAUGAAGAUUUGGGAAAUGAAGAUUCCAUCAGAAACACACAGCCUGGGAUUAGAACAAGUUCGAGUAUUCUUACGAGCACUUCAACAACCAGCACUGCAGUGCCGAACGAAGACGACGAUUCCUCAGGAAAUGCAUGCGAGGACACUGCUCGCAAUUGUUACAUGAUCUACCAGGCAAGACUUUGCAAAUAUCAAGUUUUCAAGUCUGGCUGCUGUGCAACUUGUGGACUUUGACCCCUUUUUCUCAUCCGCCUUUCUUGCCUCGGAACAACUUGGACAAAAUUUGAUUUUUCUCAAAUUGGACCAUCUUAAUUGAACCCAGAUGUGCUGAAAAAAAAAACUUUUCGUAGGCGCAUUUCGAAUUUGUACAGUAAGAGUUUUUAUUUAAAAAAAAAAAUGUCGAAGUGUAAGAUUGUGUUUCGAAUGCAAGAAUUUCUCAAACCAUAAUUUGUGGAUAUAGCGAUGUUCAUGAAUUACUGAAACGCGACUCGUGCUGAUUUGUUUUACGAGAGAAAUUUGAUUUGCCGUCAAUUUGAUCAAGGGAAGUCAUUGUGGUUAUUGUAAAAAAAAAGAGACUCCCCGUCUGUUUUAUUAAAAAUUUUCAUUUUACAAAAAAA